AUGGAACGUCAUCAACAUGUCAUUGAUAUAGAGGAUGAGAGUCCAAACAACAGUACAGAAGUAGGACCGCCUGUUGUUGUCCUUAGUUCGGAUGAUGAAGACAAUGGAAGUAGGAGGCCACUUCAUCUGUAUCAGAAGCUUGUGUUAGAGCAUCCUCCAGACCAUGAUCAACAUAUCAAGAAUUUGGAAGAUGAAACUCGGAACAAUAUUACAGCACGAGCACCGCCUGUCAUUGUCCUGAGUUCUGAUGAUGAAGAAAAUGGAAGUAGGAGGCCAGUCCAUCUAAAUCAGAAGGUUGUAUUGGAGCCCGUUGGAAGAUUGCUAAAGAAGAACAUGACGGAUUCUGUAGAGGGCAAAUAUCAGAGUAGUGAGUUGGAAACUCUGCUUAGAGAUUUCGAUAUUUGGAUAGAUAAAGAUGUAAAUGUUGGUGCAGCAUACAAUAUGGAUUGUUUAGAGAGCAAAGAUGAGAGAGAAGAGUUGAAAACUGUGUCUGGAAAAGUUGAUAUUUGGAUAGAUAAAGAUAUAGAUGUUGGUUUUGAAGACAAUAUGGAUUGUGUAGAGAGCAAAGAUCAGACAGAAAAGUUGGAAACUUUGUCCGAAAAAGUCGAUAUUGAGAUAGCUGAAGAUGCAGCAGAAAAUAUGGAUCAUGCAGAGAGCAAAGCUCAGACAGAAGAGUUGGAAACUCUGUUCCGUAAAAUUGAUACUGGGAUGGAUAAAGAGAUCAAUGUUGGUGCAGCAUACCUUAUGGUGAUUGGAAAAGAGAAUCAAAUAUCUUCUGAAAAAGAGGAAUGUAAUUGGAAAACUAAUUAUCAAGAGACUAACAAGGGGUGCAUAGCUCCAAGCACAGAGGUAGGAGUUCUGGCUGGUAACAUGGAUGUUGGGACAGAUAAGCCCGAUCAUGUUAUUGGAGAAUAUGAACAUGAUAAGGUGGUUGGGGAAGGUAAUCACGACACUUUCCAGAUUAAAGAACAGUAUCAGAAAAAUGAUAUUGACGAAGAUGAUCUAGCAGAAAUAUGGAAGGAGAUGGCAAUGGCAACAGAAUGUUCCAAGGAUAUUGCUGUUGAUCCUUCAGCUGAUGAAACAUCUGGUGUAUGUGGGGAAGAAUGUGAUCACUUUUUCAUCCAGAAGGAUGAUCUUGGAUUAGUUUGUCGUAUCUGUGGAGUUGUUCAACAAGGAAUUGAAACUAUGUUUGAAUUCCAAUAUAGUAAGGCCAAAAGGACUAAACGAACUUACAUGUAUGAGUCACGGAAUGCCAACACUACCGAGUCAACUCAGAGUUUCUCAGUUGGACCGAAGUCUACUAAGGAUUAUUUAAUAGCAACAGAAAUUUAUGCCCAUCCAAGGCAUAGAAAUCAAAUGAAACCACAUCAGGUGGAGGGCUUUAAUUUUCUUUCUAGCAACUUGCUGACAGAUAAUCCAGGCGGUUGCAUUUUGGCUCAUGCCCCUGGUUCUGGAAAGACUUUUCUGAUUAUAAGUUUUGUGCAGAGUUUCCUAGCUAGGUUCCCCCAUGCUAGACCACUGAUUGUUCUACCUAAAGGCAUUCUGGCUACAUGGAAGAAAGAGUUCAAGAUAUGGCAGGUGGAGGACAUUCCGUUGCAUGAUUUUUACACUUCCAAAGCAGAUAACCGGUCUCAGCAGUUGGAUAUUUUAAAACAAUGGGUAGAGCAGAAGAGCAUCCUUUUUUUAGGGUAUCAACAGUUCUCUACUAUAAUGUGUGACAAUGGGACCAGUAGGACAUCGGUUGAUUGUCAAGAAAUUCUGUUGAAGGUCCCUCGCAUUCUUAUUUUAGAUGAAGGUCACACUCCAAGGAAUGAGGAUACAAAUAUGCUUCAGUCCCUUGCACGAGUCCAAACACCUCUAAAAGUUGUCCUCUCAGGAACCCUGUAUCAAAACCAUGUGAAAGAAGUUUUCAAUAUUUUAAAUCUUGUUCGUCCCAAGUUUCUGAAAUUGGAUACUUCCAGGGCUGUCGUUAAUCGGAUAAUGAGCAGAGUGCAGAUAUCAGGUGUGAGGAGACAAUCGAAAACUGGUACAAAUUUAGCUCUGUUUGACUUAAUAGAACACACUCUCCAGAAAGAUGAAGAUUUUAGAAGGAAAGUGGCUGUCAUACAAGAUCUUCGAGAAAUGACCAGGAAGGUCCUGCAUUAUUACAAAGGAGAUUCUCUGGACGAACUUCCGGGACUUGUGGAUUUCACCGUUGUACUUAAUCUUAGUUCAAGACAGAAACUUGAAGCGAAAAAGUUGAACAAAUUGGAUUACUUCAAGAAAGCUUCUGUGGGGAGUCUUGUGUAUAUGCAUCCAGAGUUGAAAUCUCUUACAGACAAAUAUUCGUCAACAGGAGGAAAAGGCUCUGAAAUUGAUAAUAAGGAGAUGGAUAAACUUAUAGAAAAUAUAAAUUUGAGAGAUGGAGUAAAAGCUAAGUUCUUUCUUAGUAUACUAGGCCUAUGUGAAUCAACUGGUGAGAAGCUGCUGGUUUUCAGCCAGUAUAUUACGCCUCUGAAACUUAUGGAGAGAUUAGCAGUGAAGGUAAAGGACUGGAGUCUAAACAAGGAAAUUUUCUUGAUCACAGGUGAUUCAAAUUCUAAGCAUAGGGAACAGUCUGUGGAACGCUUUAACAUUUCAGCUGAUGCUAAAAUCUUCCUUGGCUCCAUUAAAGCUUGUGGGGAAGGAAUCUCUCUAGUGGGGGCUUCUCGAAUCCUAAUUAUGGAUGUUCAACUUAACCCUUCAGUAACUCGCCAGGCAGUAGGCCGUGCAUUUCGACCAGGACAAAAGAAGAAAGUCUAUGUCUAUAGAUUGGUUGCUGCUGAUUCGCCUGAAGAGGAAGACCACUUUAUCUGCUGUAGGAAGGAAUUGAUUUCAAGAAUGUGGUUCGAGUGGAACGAGAGCUGUGGAGACCAAGAUUUUUAUAUGAAGACUGUUGAUGUCAAUGAAUGUGGUGAUAUGUUCUUGGAAAGUCGAUUGUUGCAGGAAGAUAUAAAAGUUUUGCGGAAAAGGUAAAACCAUCAAGGCAGGCCUAAGGCUUUGGGGAAAACGUAAAUAAUCUCACUUUUUGUCAUGACCACUAAGCUUCAUACUCAUCUUUUAAAACUUAGGUCAAGGAUACCAGUAACUCUGUAGGCCAUUUUGAACAAUGCUGACGGUAGGUAAGC